CUCCAAGAGACCGCGCGCGUAGUAUACCAUUGUACAGUACAUAUAUCCCGGUCGGGGCAGCGUUCUCCCGGGCGGAAGUCUGAUACGCAUCGAAACGGGAGAGUUCAGUGCAAUGUACAAUGUACGCGCGCAUAUGUUCUCCAUGUAUCUUUGUAUAUGGUGCAUGUACUACGUGCGGUUGGAAGAGACGAGCACUGGAGCGGGGCUGGAACCAAUGGAGAGACAUGAUUAAGUGAUUCCUUUUAGCGCUAAUCGUGCUGGCUUAAAUCCUUUUUUAACCAUGUGCAUUUCCACUCAGCCAGAGCCAGUUGGGUGCGAUUGAGCGAGAGCCCGGCCCGUGCGCAUCGUGUAUAUGUGUUCUCUGGAAUAUGCCCAUCAAUUUCUGUCUUUUCCAACCAUUCGCCUGUAGUUGCAAUUUUGUAUAUGAAAUUGACAAUUGUUUUGAUGGGGCCCAAGUCCAGCUAAUGACGCCGAUGGGAGACUUUUGCCCACGAUGAUUACCUCUGUGUGCCGGUGUAAUGUGUAAAUAAAAAUAUACUUCUGGCCGACUUCCUUGGCUUUUUCCCUGGUGAUUGCAUAACAGUCCUGACGGGCGCACAGAUUAUUAAGAUAUCCGAUUGAUAAAUACUCUGAAUGGGCGUUGUAAUUACAUUUUGGGGAAUAAUCACGAGAUGAAGAUUGGAUUACCGGCUAACAUUUAUGUACUGGCUUAUGCGACACUCUGUUUUGUCCUUAAGCCGUUCCUAGCACAUGCCGGAAACUCGGCAAAGGGUUUCCCGCGCGUUAGGGAAUGCUACGAGUGCACCAGUGGUGUAAAUGACGGCUGCGACGAUCCUGCGCGGGUGGCUAAGUGGGCGUUCCCCUGCCCGGAAGGGACGCAGGGCUGUUUGAAGAUGAAAGCGCCAGGAUCUCCUUUGAUACGCUCAUGCGGGAAUCCCCAUGACAGUCCGGUGCCGAUCAAGGAUGGCUGUGUUAAUAAACCGGGAGUCGGUAUCAUAUGUUCCUGCUCAACAACCAACCUUUGCAAUGCUGCCGCGCCGGCUUCCUUCAGGAACUUCAAUCGAGCGUUUUUUUAUAUGCGCAUUCCCUUUCUUAAUUUUCAUAUUGUUAUGACGCUUGCGUUCUCUAUACUGUACUAUGCCUAUUUGUUGUAAGGUUAUAACUAUCCGGCUCUGCCAAGCUGUCAUCGUUUUUGCUAACUAAAAUAUCAGCCCAUAUAAUAUCGCACGCCAAAUGAAGGAGAACGAUGCGGCAGUAUUAAGCAGUUGAUAAUUGUCAGAUCCUUCAACGAAUCAUUGUGAUAUUUAUCCGAAGCCAUGUUUUGUUGCGCAUGUUUUUAGUUAACAGUUGACGAAUUCAAUAAAUGUAAAGUUCUG